AUGGGUGAUACAUGCAUUCUACCCACGGAAGGAGCUCAACAACAACGUUUUACUAAAAAAUCUUAUCUUAAAAUCGAAGGAAAGAUAAUGGAUUUAUUGGAUACUCUGCCGCUAGUACAUUAUGGUCUUGCGACAUUCGAAAACUUCGAUACCUUAAUCGCCUCCACAUGGCCAGACAUCUUAUCCUUGACGUAUAUUACCACAUGUUUCUGCUUUAUCGCCUAUCUACUUUCUCACCGUCGCAGAUUUGUUGUUUCGAUGGUCUAUCUCUAUGUGUUCGCUGUAUUCUUAUUGAGCUCAACACUUCUUGCAACUUUUCUGUAUUUGAGUCCCCCGGAACAAGCCUUAUCUAAAGGAUUCGUCCUUUCAUUUGGUGAUCUGCGCCAUUGGGUUAAUGCCGUAGUUUAUUCGAUACUUCUACCACAACUUGGCUUUGGUGGUAUGGUGUUUAUCGGCAGUCAAAACGUCUUUUUCAAUGAUCUCGUCAUGUUUGGUACUUCUAUCGCAAUCGUAUGA